AUGCAACGGAGACCAAGUAAACGACAGCAACAUGCACCAAAAUUUCCAGAUCUAAAAACACAGCCAAUAGAGAUCCAACAGAAAUCAGAAACAGAAGACAAAAAGCAAGAGCCCAAGCUUAUAUCUUAUACAUUAUCGAAAGCUUUCCUUGCGGCGGUCUGCAUAUUACCGUUUUUGGCAACGCUUGUGCUUUUUGCUCGUUUCUAUUAUGAGAGCAACAAUGACGAUAAUGUUAGUCGCUUAUCGGAGUCAUUGCACGAUCAUGAACAUGUUUCGACUAAAACAUUGGAUUUUGACAAUCGCAUAAACGAGAAUGGGCAGCUAAGACCGGAAAAUCACAUUUAUCGUGAACCGGUAACGCAGACACUCAACUGGAAUAUAACUGCUGGACAACGGAGACCGGACGGGGUUGACAAGAGGGUUUAUUUAGUUAAUGAUCUCUUCCCUGGACCAUUGAUUGAGGCUCGCUCGGGAGAUUCUCUGAACAUUCUCGUGCAUAAUGACCUCGAAGACGAGCAGUUAUCUCUACAUUGGCAUGGCCUGAAUAUGAGAGAUGCAAAUACAAUGGACGGCGCCAUCGGCGUCACCCAAUGCGGUAUAUAUCCUGGCCACUCAUUCUGGUACAACUUCACCAUCUCUGAAAGCCAAAGCGGCACAUUCUGGUACCAUGCUCAUUCCACCGUUCAACGAGCUGAUGGUCUAUAUGGAGGUCUUAUUGUGUAUCGACCUGUUUCUAUUGCUCGUCAGCCGACUUCGCCGAAUGUGCGGGGAUUGCUUAUCAAGCACCAGGAACUAAAAGGAAAGGACGAUGAAAGUUCAGUCCCGGAUAGUCUCAAGUAUAGCUAUGACAAGGAGAUUGUUCUAAUGAUUGGGGAUUGGUAUCAUCGUACGGCCAAGGAUGUGGCUAGCUGGUAUCUGUGGUGGGGAUCAAGGGGGUAUGAGCCUGUCCCGGACUCAUUACUCGUCAACGGGGCUGGUCGAUUCGACUGCUCAAGAGCAGUUCCAGCUCGGCCUCUGGAUUGUAUAGGGGAGGUCGGCGAGAGACCAGCUUUGAUUCUUUACGGGGGGAGUUCGUAUAGAAUCAGGGUUGUGAACACGGGAUCACUUACUGGAAUCACCCUUGGCUUUGCGCCAGGUACUUCUAUAGAGGUGAUUACUCUCGACGGUGGUAAUCCGGUCGAGGUAAACCCGAUCGAUGUUGGAAAGUCUUCGGUUGGUAUACUAUUUCCAGGUCAACGAGUGGACUUUGUCUUGCGGCCUGUUACGGAUAAAACUUCAUGGAUGACUGUGAAACUUGAUGAGUCCGACUUUAAAUUCGGCAAUCCGGCACUGGUAACUCAUCAAUCAUUCCCCCUUCUUCGAACACCGCUAUCCUCGCAAACUUCACUUCCCUCUUCAACAAUAGAAGACAACCCCAACAUCAACACAGAAGACAACAUGAUCGACAUAAAUAACCUCCCGUCAACACCAACGCUACUCUCCCAUCUCCCUCACAAAGCAUCACAAACACACAUCGUCUACGCCAAGGUCGAGAGACUAAGCCGUCUCAACAACAUUCCUUACGGCUUCUUCAACCGCACAACGUGGAGCGUACAAAGUGAGCCCCCGUACCCGUUGUUGGGCCUGCCGAGGAAUCAGUGGGAUAAGAAUCAGUUGGCGGUUUCGACGGGUCAGGAAGGUGGGUGGGUUGACUUGGUGGUUAAUAAUUUGGAUGAGGGGGCGCAUCCGUUUCAUUUUCAUGGCCAUAAUUUCUACGUUGUGGCUAUAUACGAAUCGCCAGCCGGUUCUUCGAGAUGGGGCUCAUACAACCCAUGGACUGCCAGCAGCUCUGGAGAAAACGAAGACCCCUACGAUCUCACAAAAGCAGUGCUUAGAGACACAGUCCAGAUCCCGCGUCGCGGAUAUGCAGUCCUCAGAUUCAAGGCUGAUAAUCCUGGUGUAUGGCUGUUUCAUUGUCAUGUCAUGUGGCAUUUGGCGGGUGGGAUGGCGAUGUUAAUUGAUAGUGGCACUGGAAGUGAAGAUAUUGCGCACGAACCUUGGCUAGGGGCAAAGGAGAUGGAGUGUCGUGUAUAA